AUGGGUACUCUGGACCAACGUGCGGCACGAGUACCUGUACAGUCACGCCAGCCAGCAGUUCUCCAUACUACAAUUGCACCUGUCAAAACGGGUACUCUGGAACAAUUUGCAGCACAAGUGUGUGUACUGCGAAUCCUUGUGCGAACUCAGGUACCUGUACAGUCACGCCAGCUGGCACUUCCCCAUAUUACACUUGCAGCUGCCAAAAUGGGUACUCUGGAACAAUUUGCAGCACAAGUGUGUGUACAUCGAAUCCUUGUGCGAACUCAGGUACCUGUACAGUCACGCCAGCCGGCAGUUCUCCGUAUUACAAUUGCACCUGCCAAAAUGGGUACUCGGGAACCACCUGCGGCACGAGUGUGUGUACUACGAACCCUUGUGCGAACUCAGGUACCUGCACAGUCACACCAGCCGGCAGUUCUCCAUACUACAAUUGCGCCUGCCAAAAUGGGUACUCUGGAACAACUUGCGGCAUUAGUGAGUUAUCAGUUUUGUUAUCUUUUAACCCUCCUCUCUGGUGUGUUUGCGCCUGCCAGCAUGGGUACUCUGGAGCAACGUGCGGCACGAGCGUGUGUACUGCGAAUCCUUGUGCAAACUCAGGUACCUGUACAAUCAUGCCAGCCGGCAGUUCUCCGUAUUACAGUUGCGCCUGCCAGCAGGGGUACUCUGGAACCACUUGCACCACGAUUUUCCGGCUUAUCUCGUUUAGUAUCAUGUCAGUUGUCAAAUCCGUGCGAUAAAAACGCGCAAUGUAAUUUAACAUCGAAUGGAACUCAGUUUUGUACAUGUAAUAAUGGUUAUGUUGAUCAAGGUAGUGGUUUGAAGGGAGAUUGUCUGAGUGUGUGUUAUGUUAAUGACCCAUGCUCGUUUUUGGCAAACUGUGCGUUAAUGCCGAAUGGUACUGUUAAUUGCACCUGUAGAAAUGGUUUCUACGGAGAUGGUUAUGACUGUGAAGAUAGAUGUAAUAAUGCAACAACAUGUGAUGCAAAUGCAGUAUGUAGUCAUACACAAUCGACUGGUAAUAUUAACUGUACAUGCAAGCCAGGGUUCACAAACGCUGGAACGGGUCUACCCGGUAAGUAA